AUGGAGAAUAGAAAAUUUUUAAGAAUAGGAAAAAGUGUUGUUCAUGGCCGCAAAGGACCAUUAAGAGGUGAAAUAGAAAAUGAUGAAGAAGACGAAAAGAAAAAAAGAAAAAAUAUUGAUUCAAAUAAUAUUUUAAAUAAUAAUAAAAAUAAAGAAAUAGGUAAAGAAGAAAUAAAAAAUGAAAAUAAAAAUUUAGAUAAAACAAACAGUGAAGAUAUUUUAAAUAGUCAUUAUAAACAAAAUGAUAAUGAACACAGUAGUGGUGAUAUAUUUGAGCAAUUACUUCAAAGAGAACUGGCAAAAGGAGCAUUAGGAGGUGGAGUUGUUGAAAAAAAUAUAAAUAAACCAAACGUUGAAAAAAAAGAUAAUUUUAAUAAAAAUGAAAAUAAAGAUGAAGAAAUUGAAGAUCUUUCUAAUAUAGAUUUAUGUGAAAGAAUAAAUAGUACCAUAGUAAAAUAUAGAAUGCAUGGUUACAAUGAAAUAUUAAGAUGCUUUACUGAUAAUAAUAUAAAUAAAAAAAUAGAAAUAGUAAAUUCUUUAUUUAAAGAUGAAGACUGCAUAUUAAAAUAUAUAUCAGACAGUAAUUUAAUAUGCCAAUUAAAAACAACUGAGAUAACUGAAGAAUACUUAAAUGUAAUAAAAGAUAUAUUUUUUUAUAAUUUUAAAGAAGAGUAUGAAAAUGAAGAAGCUUUAAUAAAUUCUUUUGUUAAUGAAUAUAGAAAUAAAUUAUAUAAUUUAUAUACGAAAAUACAUAAUAUUUUGUGUGAGAAAAUAUUAACGAAUGUAAAAUCAUUUGAUAAUGGAUUUAAUAUAAUAAGAAAAAUAAUAGAGUAUUGUUCUAGUGAUAAGAUAACAUUAAAUAUAAUAACGAUGUUGUGUGAGCAUCUAAAUUUAAUUUAUAUAAAAGCAAACAAAAAUGUAUCUAAUAUUAAAGGAAUUAAAAUAAAGGUUGUUUCAUCAGAAUUAUUAUUAUUUUAUAAAUUAUUAAAUUAUUUUGGUCCUAAUAUAGUAUGUGUGAAAACAAUAAAUAAAUACUGUUUGAAAUUUAAUGAAAUGCUUGAUAAAACCGUUAAGACUAAUUUUUAUUUGUUAUAUAUUGAAAUACUUUCCUUAAUUAAAAAUAGUGAAUUCCAAAAUAGUAUUUUAAGUGAAUUAAAUAGUCAACAAAAAAAUUAUAUAUCUAAAGAAUUGCAAAAAGAAAAUAGAGAAAAUAUAAUAACUAAAAAAAAAGGUUAUUUAAUAAAUCAAAGUAGUAAUAAUGAACAAAAUGACAAUUAUCAAGAUGUUUUUACAAUAAGUGAAAACAAUUUAAUAGAGGAAAAUGAUAUUUUUAAGGAAAUUUGCACAAAACAAUGGGAACGAAGAGUUUUAGAAGGGUUUAUUGAUAAAAGUAGUAAUAAUAACAAUACUUCCUUAAGUAAUGAAAAUUUAUUGCCCUGGAAAAUAAAAGUAGAAGCAAUUAAUUUAUUAUGCGAUAAAUUAAAAUCAAAAUAUUCAAUUAAAAAAACUAGUUAUGUAAGUACCAUAUUAAGUAUUAUUUCUAAAUUAUUAAAAAAUGAAUCAGCUUUGCCUGUUGUUGUAUCCACUUUAAAAUUAUUGCAUAUAUUAAUUGAAAAAUUUGAAAAAGAUAUUUAUAACACAGUCAAAACAUUUUCUUUUAUAUUGUGUUCUAAACUAAAGGACUCUAAUAAACAAGUUUCUAAUGCUUGCAUGGAAUGCUUAACUAAAGCUAUUGCUAUAUAUAAUAUUGAUAUAUUUAUUGAUGACUUAUCCAAAAAUUUAAAAGAUAAAAACAACAACACUAGAAUGGUAACACUUGAUUUUAUAUUGAAAAUUUUUCAUUAUAUUGAUAAAAAAAAUAUCAUAUCUAUUAUAGAAAUCACAAAACAUUUAUUAAAUGACAAUGCAGCUAACAUUAAAAAUACCGCCUUUAAAGUUUAUUCAUUAAUUAUUGCGAAUUAUGGGGAAAAUGUUCAUCCUUCUUUUUUUAAUACCUUACCAUCUAACAAAAAAAAGUCAAUAUUAUCUUUAUGUACCACUUCUAAUAAAAAAAAUAAUAAUGAUGAAAAUAUUGAUUCAUUAAAUCAUAAAAAUGAUUCGGAAUUAGCAAAUAAAUCUCUUAGGGAUCAUAAUAAUGAUUUAUCUAAUAAUAAUACUAUAAAUGAUGUGAAUGACAAUUUAGAAGUUACUUUACCUGAAAAUAUAAUAAAUAAUUUAGUUUCUAAUAAUUACUCUUCUAAAAUAGAAGCAUUAAAUUUAUUAAAUGAAUGGUUAAAACUAAAAAUACAUUUUACUACAAUUAAUUUAGAAAAUUUAAUUAAUUUAAUUAAGAAAAAUUGUUAUGAUUUUAAGGGGAAAUAUAAUCAACUUAAUAUUGUAAUUUAUGAUUUUUUUAACAAUUUUAUUGAUUUGUUGUAUCAUUUUAAUAUUAAUAAUAUUAACAAUCCCCAUUUUAUGAAGAUUUUGAAUAUUCUUAUGUGCUUAUACAUAGAUAAAGCUACUGAUAAAAAAGAAAAUAUAAUAUGUAAUAAUUUUAUAAAUAAAUGCUUUAAUUAUUUCGAUAAUAAUAUAAUUAUUGAUAUCAUUAUAAAAAAUUGUGAUGCAAAAAAUACAAAGAAGUGUGAAGAAUGUAUCAAAAUAUUGCAAAAAAUAUUUCUAACAAAAAAUAGUAAUUCCAAUGUAAAUGUAAAAAAUCUUAUAUACUUUUUAAAAAAAUUUGUCGAUUCAAAAAAUAGUAAUUUAAGAAACUCCUCAAUUCUUAUGUUACAAAUUUUAUGUAAAAAUUUUGGGGAUAGAUAUGUUUUAUCCUAUUUAGAAGGAAUAUCUGAAAAUAUAAGACAAGCUGUUAAAUUAAAAGAAGACGCAGAAAAAUUUAUUUUAAAACAAGGACUAAAUUCCUCUUCCGCUUUAAUUAAAAAUAAUGACAAAAAUAAUAGUAAUUUAAAUAAUAGCAAUACAAAAAUAAAUGAAAAAAUAAAAAAGCAAAAUAUAUCAACAGCAAAACAUGAUGAUAUGAAUAAGGAAGAAGCCUGGAAAGAAAAAAAAAAUAAUGAUAAUCAUUAUUCUCUAAAUAAUAUGAAUGAAGAAAGAAAAGAAUUGCAUUGCUUCGAAAAAAAUAAUACUUUAAAAAUAGAAGAAUCUUCCAAAUUACAUAAGAUAGAAAUUGAUUAUACCAACACCUAUUUGAAUUAUAAUAAUUCAAAGAUAAUUUACAAUCAGGAAAAUUUAACUAAUGAAAUAAUAAAGGAUUCAAAGUUAGAAAAUUUAAUUAGAACUAAUGAAAAAGUAGUAGAAGAAAAAUUCAAUUUAAAAAAAAAAAUAGAACAUAUAGAAAAUGAUGAGGAAAAAGAGGAAGAUGACGAAGAAGAAAGGAUGACAAACAUAAGUGAAAUAAUAAAACAAUAUAUAAAUAACAUUUUAAAUGAAAAUAAUAAUAAUAACAAUAAUAUAGCAAAUAAUACAUCAAAAAUUAUAAAUAUUAUUGAAAAAAUAGGAAAAUAUUAUAUUAACCCUGAUAAAUUAGAUAUAUUAAUAAAUAAUAAUACAUUAAAUAAAAUAUAUAAUAGUAAUAAAAGCAAAUGCAUACGAUUACUAUAUGUUCUUUUAUUUUCAUUGAGAGAAAAUGUUCAUAUAUAUGCAGACAUAUUAUUUGAAUUUAUAAUGAACAUUAUUGAUGAUAUGGAAAUAUCUAUUGAACAUAUUGAUAAACUUUUAACAUGUUUAUGUAGAAAUUUAGGAAUUUCGAAAUAUAUUAGUCAUAUUAAUAAUUAUAUUUUAAAUGAAAAAUUAAAUAAUAUAAAAGAAGAUAAUAAAAAUAUUAAGAAAAUUAAUAAAAGAAACAAAAUAUUAAUUAUUAUUAACAAUAUUAAUAUAAAUCAUAUAUUAUUAUUGAAUGAAAAUAUUAUAAAAAAAAAAGUUCUCAAAUUCUAUUUAGAUUUAUUUUUCGACGAUAACAAACAAAUAAGAGAAAAAUCUAGUAUUGUUUUAGAUAAUAUUUAUUCUAAAUAUGGUGGUACUGUUUUUUUUUAUAUAUACGAAAAACUAUCAGUACAUAAGAAGGAGUGCUUACAUGAUAUUUUAAAUCAAAUGAAAUCAAACAAAGAAGAAUUUUCUUUUUAUAAAAUUCUCUUAUCAAAUAAUUCACAACUAAAAAGAAUUUCUGCAAAUGAAAGUAAUCUUAGUGUCACAUCAGCAGUAACGAAACCAAAAAGUGUAAAAAGGUUAAGUUCUUUUAACAAAAACAAAAUUAUGAAAAUAGAAUUUCCUCCAUAUUAUAAAAUAAAACCAGAUAAAUUAAAAUGGGAUAAGAAUUUUGAUCAAUCUCAUUCAAAUUAUUUAAUGAAAGAAUUUAAAUCUUUCACUAGUAAUGAAUUGUUAUUACAUAUGUUUAGUGAAAAUGCCAAUAUGAUUAAUAGGAGCAUAUUAUUUUUUAAAGAUUAUUUAAGUAAUAGUUCCAAUCAAUCAAUACUCUUUUCAAAAUCAGGACUUCUUGAUUUAUUAUUGAAAUGGAUACUUUUUUCUUUAAAUGAAAACCAAAAUGAUAACGAGUUAUUGUGUGCUUCAACAGAUUUGAUUAGAAUUGUGUUAAAAACAAUUGAAGAUAAUUAUGUUUUCAUAAAUGAACAAGAAUUAAUUAUUUUAUUAAAUUUUAUAUUUGACAAAAUUAACACAUCUUCUUCAGAAAUAAGAAAAAAAUUAAAGGAGAUACUUCUGUGUCUAUGUUACACAUCAGAUCAUAAGUUGUAUUUUUCUCUCCUUUUAAAAAAUUUAACAUCAUGUGAUCAAAAGAGAAUGUGUGAUUCACUAGAUAUUAUAUUGAAACUAAUUAUUUUAUAUAAAGAUAAAUGUUUGAACUAUGAAAAGGAUAUAAUGAAAAUUCUCCAAGUUUUUACAUUAUAUAGCAAAAACAAGAAUGUGACUAUAUAUUGUUUAAAAAUAUUUGCAAAUAUCCAAGCAUUUUAUCCAAAUUUUUAUAGAUGCAUUGAAAAUGACGAAAUUUCUUAUUAUUUAAAAAGUAAAGUAGAUGAAUUUAUUGAAAAAUGCCCUGAUUAUAAUAUUAAUUUUAAAGAUAUUGAGAAUGAUGAAAAUAAUAGUUCAUAUCAAAGUGAUAACAGUGAAGAAAAUUUAAAAGAUGAAGAAAAUAUUGCAAUGAUUAAUUAUAUAAAAAAUAAUGCAAAUCAAAGGGCAUCAAUAAAAAAAGAAGUAGAAGGUCAUGUAAAUGAAUUUAAUAAAAAUGUCGAGGAAAUUUUGGAAAUAAAAAAGAAAAUAGAAGAAAUUGAAAUUAAUAAAAUAAAUGAAGAUUAUAUAAAUAAUCAGAUUUCUUAUACAAGUAUUUCAAACAACUUAAAUUUUAAUAUAGAUGGGAAUAAUUAUUCUAAAUCAAAAGAACUCUUUCAUAUAUUAGAAUCAAAGAAUAAUGAAAAAAUAGAGGGAUCAAAUCAUUAUAACAACUCAAUUAUAUAUUUUAAAUUUGUUUAUUUAGCAUCAUUUUUAUAUUCAAAUGAUAUAGAAACAAUUUCAAAGGUAUGCAAAUUAAUUGUUGAUAAUAUUGUGCAAGUAGGUAAAAAAAGUAAGAAUGGUAAUUUUAUAUUAACGGAAAAUGGGAAUUAUAUUUUUAAAAAUUUUAAUUUAUUUAUUAUUCUUAUUAAAGGAGCUAAUUAUGCAUUAAGAUAUUUAUUUCAAAAAAAUUUUGGAAAAGAUCUGAAAUCUUCAUUUAUUCAUUUUAAUGCAAUUUUAAGUGCUGUUUUAUUAGUAGAUAUAUUAAUGAAAAAAAAAAGUUGUAUAGCUAAACUUUCUUUUGAUCAUUUUUCUUUUUUCUUUAUUAAUACUAUUGUAUGCCUAAGUAUAUACACAAAAGUGAUUCAUACAAAUAAAUAUAUUUAUCUUUUUAAAAAUGGAGAUAUAGCCAGAAGUUUAGUAACUAGUAUACUAAAUAAUUUACUAGGUAGAGAGUUCUUAACCAACCACUCAAAAUUGUUAGAAUAUGUAUGUAAUGUAUCAUUUAAUUUAGGUUUUGAUAUAAUGAAAAAUAAUAAAAUUUUAAUUGAUGAUUUAAGUGAUACGAGUGAAUUUUAUAUUUAUAUUAAUACAUAUAUAAAAAUUUUAAAUAAAAUAUACAAAAAAAUUAUUAAUAAAAUAUAUGAAGAAAAUAGUAAAGAAAACAAUUUUGUAUAUAGGAUAUUACAUAUAUUGUUUCUUAAUUUAAGUAAAUAUGACAUUUAUUUAUGUAAAAUAGAAAAAGAAAAAAGAAGAAAAAGGAAAAUUGAAAAUGAAAGUGACGAGAAAUGCAAAGAUAUAGAUAGUAAUGCAUUUUACAAUAAGAAAAUAUGCAAUGAGAAAAAUAGUGAUGAAAGGGAUAUGUAUUAUCAUUCUGAUUACUCCAUAUAUAGCUCCCAUAUAACAUAUUAUGAGAAUUUGAACGUUGACAAUAAAAAUGAUAUUUCAGUCAAAAUAGAUUAUGAAGAAAAUAAGGAUUCAAUAAAUAUUAAGAAGGAAAAGCGCCAAUAUUCCGAAGAAGAAAUUGAAAAGAUAAAUAAAAAUAAAAUGGAUUUUAUGAAUAAAUAUUUAUUUUUUAUUCAAUUAAUUUUUUAUGGAAUUAGAAAAAAUAAUCCCUUGAUUCUAUUAGCAUAUAUAUAUCAUGAAAUCAUAAAAAAUUAUAACGAUAAUUUAGUGUAUUAUUAUAAAAAGAUUGAACUUUUAUUAAAUAAAGAUUUAAGAAACUGUGUUGGCAAUAUUAAUGUAAAUUUUUCUCCUGAUUUUUAUUCAUUAAAUUUUUCUUUUGAAGAAUUCUUAAAUGAAUAUAAUUAUCUUAAAGAAAAAGAGUUUUCUAUUUUCAAUUCAUAUAAAAAUAUAUUUAGUUUAUAUGCAAAUUUUGAUUCUGAAAUUAUAUAUAAUAAUUUUGAUUUGUCUAUUGAUGAUAUAAUACAAAAAAAAAGAGAUUUUUUAGAAUCCUUAAAAAUGAUUAAUAUCAAUGAGAUUUCUUUUAAUAAUAAUCAAUUUGAGAAUCUAAAAGAAACAAUUAUUGAGUAUAUAAAUGAAUUAGAAAAUACUGAUAUAUUAAAUGAUAUUCAAAAUAAUGACUUUGUAUCUGAUUAUAAUUUUCUAUGCAUGAUGUAUAGAAUUCCAAAGAGUAUUGAAAAUAAUAUUGCAUCUAAUGAAAAAGAAGAAAUUACUAAUAAUAAUAGUAAUAAUAAUAUUGAUAAUGAUAAUAAUAAUAAAUAUACUAUAAAAUCAAUAGAAGAGAAUAAAGAAGUUAUAAUGAAUAAUGAAAAAAAUAUAAAUAAAGAAGAUUUAAUGAAAAAUCAGAUUACUGAACAGACAAAAGAUAAUAAUAAUAAUAAUAAUAACAUACAUGAUGGAAAUAAUAGAGAAGAAAAACAUAUAUUUGAUGAAAAAAGUAAAGUUAAUUUUUCAAAUAUAAAUAAAAACACUGUAGAAGACAAAAUAGAAAACAAAAAUUCUAAUGAAUUGACUUUUAUUAGUCAUAACAUAUUUUUAAGAAAUCAAACUAUUGAAAAUGUUGAUAUGAAUACAUUGCGUAAUAAAUAUACCCCUAUUAAUAAUUUUUCAUCAUCUAUAAUAAAAAAAAAUGAGAAAAAAAUUGAAUUAAAUGGAAAAAAUAAUAUUAUAACAAGUUCAGAGUAUAAUACACAAAGUUUAACAGGGACUGACGUCGUUCGCGAAAAGUCACAAGAAAACAACAAAUGUUUUUAUGAUAAAAAGGAUUAUUUAAACAUCUUCAAUAAUAAAUUUAAUAAAAAUGAUGAAAUAAAUGAAAAUAAAUUUAAUCAUCAUCAUAAUGAUCAUGUCAAUUAUAAAAAGGAAAAAGAUGUAAUUAAUGUUGAUUAUAAUCAAAAUAAGACUUGUGAUUAUGAUAAAAUGGAUAAUAAAGAAUAUUCAAAGAAAAUAAACACUAUGAAUUAUGAAAAACAGAAUAUGUGUGAUUAUAAAGAUCAAAUUCAUGAUAAUAAUGAAAAUAAAAAUUAUGACGAUAGUCAUUACAAAAACAUCUUAAAUAACGAAAUUAAGAAUGAGGAUUGUCAAAAAAAAAUGAAUUCUGAAUAUGAAAAUAAAAUUUAUAAAGAUAAUAAAAUUAAAAAUGACAAUGAUCGGCGAUAUUGUUAUAAAGAAAGGAAAAUACAAGAUGGAUUAAAUGAAAUAGAAAAUAAAUAUAAAUACGAUACUAACAUAAAAAAUAAAGAACUAUUAUAUAAUGUAGAAAAUGAAAAAAAAAGUAAUGAAGAAAUAUGCAAAAGUAAACUAAGUACUUUAAAAAAAAACACACAGUCUUAUAAAGAAGAAAAAGAAAAUGAAACUAAUUACUUGCUGAAAGAAAAGUCUAAUGAAAAGUUUAAAAUAUAUGAUGACAGUAAUGUUAAUAUACUUAGAAAUACUAAUAAAUCAUUUUUAAGGAGUAAAACAGAUGUAAAGGCAUUAGUAAAUAAAUAUGAAAAUCAAAAAGGUACUUUUGAUAGGAAUUCAAAGGCUUCCUAUAUAUUAUUACACAAAAAAAAGUUGGAAAAUAUAUCCAAUAAUAGUAAUUUAAAUAAAACUAAAAUUAAUAAAAUGUAUAAUAAGUUACCUUCUCAUUUAGAAAAAAAAAAAAAUUGUGUAUAUGAGAGAAGUGCUAGUUCAACUUUUGAUUGCACAACAAAAACAGAUAAACUUAAUUUAACAUCAGAAAUUUCUCCCGAUAAUAAAUUAAAAGAUUCAUCAACAAAGAAAAACUUUUUAAAUAAUUAUAUAUUUACUAAGAAUGAAAAUAAAAUUUCUAGUAAUGCAACAAAUAGUAACAGUUCGAGCAGCAUCAAUAAUAAAAAAAAUGAUUCAAAAAGCAACACACCAUCAAAUUCUACAAAAAGAAAAAAUUUUAUUGGUAUUUCAUUUCCAUUAAAAAAAAAAAAUAUAAAUAAAUAA